UACUCUGUUUUUGUGUGUUGCCUGAAACUAUGUACCUGUGAUGAUGGUGCAAGCAAGAUUUUCUAUUGUACUGUUACCUCAAAAUACUUGCACUCAACAAUAAAAUCACCGUGACUAUUGGAUCCUCCAAUAGCAAAGAACAACGUUGUUGAGAUUCUUGAAAGGUUAAAGAUUUAUAAACUGUAGGUACUAAAAAGGGUUGCCUCUACUUAAAGGAAGCAAAUCUGAUUCAGAUGGAAUGCAUCCAUGGUUGCACAGGGAAGUUAGGGAGAAAAUUACAAAGGUCCUGCUCAUAAUCUCCCAAACAUCUUUCGACUUGGAUCAAAAAUCUGUUGGUGGAAGAAAUCUAAAACAAUAACAGAACGCUGGAAACGUUCAGCAUAUCUAACAGUAAAAGUGGAGAGGAAAACAACCGAUGUUUCAGCUCGAGGACUCUUCAUCAGAACUGGAAUGGUGAGGGUCAAUCAAUUUGCAACGAGGGUCAGGUCAGAGAACAGAGGGAAUGUUUGCUACAGGGUGCAACUCAACGUUUUCAAGAUAAUAAUUAUGUUUAAAAAACCCCAUAAAUGGUUGAAAUAAGUUGAAAUCACACAAAUUGAUAAAGGAAGGUACAGAAAAAAGGUGAUUAGCCUAAAAUUGUUUAACACGAUAUUAACUUGAAACAAAUAGUAUAGAUGUGGAAUGGGGUCUGAGAUUUGGAAAAUUGCAAACUUCCCAGUCUUGUUCGAAAUAGUGUAUAGGGGAAACUCAGUACUAUAAUUACAAACCGGUCAUUUUAAAUACAGUGGUGGGUUUAGAGACAGGAGUCAGUGAGAGGAUGAACAGUCACUUCGACGAGUCUAGAUUGAUGAGAGAAAGCAUAAAUGUGUUUAAGGUGGUGUUUUGAUGAUCAUUCAGUGAGGGAAUCAAACCUGUACACAGCGAGUGGUUGGGUCCAAGUGGAGGCAGAUUGAACAGUGGCGUUGAAAACAGUGAUGGAAAAAAACAACAGAAAUGCGGGUAGUAGGAGUGUCUGGGUGGCUCUAACACCGAAUGCAGGGGCUGAAUGGCCUCUUCCCGUGCUGAAACCACGCUGUGAGCAGCUGACAUCGAGGGACUGCCUCUGCUGCCGAGCAGUGCAAGCAGCAAGUGACAGUGUCUGGCUAGUUACCGAGGAGAUUCCUCCCGCCGUUAUACUUUCCAGGACAGCCUUCUCUCCCCGAAGCAGCGCCGAUGGCAAGCGGCGGCGGGCACUCCAGCCCGGGCACCCCCGGGGACUCGGACACAGCGCCGGUCACCGUGCAGACCAGCGGCAGCACCGGCUUUCAUCUGUCCCGGACCAGGUCCUGCGGCGCCGUUCUCAUUCUGUUCUUCAUUAACAUGUUGAAUUACAUGGAUCGGUACAUCAUUGCAGGUAUACUGAAGGAGGUUCAGGUUUACUUCGACAUAGAUGACGGAUUAGCUGGUUUAUUGCAAACAGUCCUUACCUGCAGCUACACGGUGUCGGCCCCACUCUUUGGUUACCUGGGUGAUCGAUACAACAGGAAGAUCCUCAUGGGCAUCGGAAUAAUCAUAUGGAGCAGUGCGGUACUGGCAGGAUCCUUCGUUAAUAAGUCUGGCUUUUGGUUGUUAAUUUUGUGCUUGUCGGUUGUCGGGAUAGGGCAAGCCAUUUACUCUACAAUCGCACCCACUAUUAUCGCAGACCUUUUCACAGAUGCCAAAAGGACGUGGGCUCUCUCUUUCUUCUACAUUGCAAUUCCAGUGGGAAGUGGCCUUGGUUACAUCCUUGGGUCUGCUAUGUCCCGGCUGACCUGCGACUGGCACUGGGCAUUGAGGGUGACCCCAUGUCUUUGUUUUGUUGCCUUGUUCCUCCUGAUCUUCCUGGUGCCCGAUCUUCCACGAGGAGCGGCAGAAAACCACACGGACUCCCUGCUCUCCAGAACCUCCUGGCUGCAGGAUCUGAAAUACCUGGUGACAAACUGGAGUUUCAUGUUGUCAUCCUUUGGGGCCGCAGCUGUCAUCUUCACGACCGGCGUGCUCGGAUUCUGGGGACCCAUCUACCUGAACCGUGCCCAGACCAGGCAGCCGCCAGAAGAGAAAAAAGUCAGCUCCAAUGACAGCAUAAUAUUCGGCUCCAUCACCUGCGUGGCGGGCAUCCUUGCAAUCGUGAUCGGGGCACUGAUUUCAAGACACUUACGGAAAAAGAACCCUCAUGCAGAUCCUCUUAUUUGUGCAGCUGGCCUGUUGUUGAGCACACCUUUCUUGUUCUCCGUCAUCGUGGUGGCCAGCAAGAGCAUUGUAGCCGCAUACAUUUGCAUCUUCUUUGGUGACAUGUUCCUUGCUAUGAAUUUUUCAAUAGUUUCAGAUAUUCUCUUGUAUGUCGUGAUUCCAUCUCGUCGCUCGAUGGCGGAGGCCGUCCAGAUCACCAUCUCCCACAUACUCGGCGAUGCCUUCAGUCCAUACAUCGUUGGUGCUAUCUCCACAGCUCUUCAGAAGUCUCAACCGAAUUUCAUCGAGAAGGAGUUUGAGAGUCUGCAGCAUGCUCUCUUAAUCUGCCCAUUUGUUACUAUUAUCGGGGCAGGCUUAUUCCUUUGGACUGCUCACCACUUAAAGGAGGAUCAAGAGAAUGCACUGAACUAUAUUCAAGAUUCUGCAAAUGUGAUCACCACGAACUGAGGUAAAGGGCACGUAACUGUGCCUGUGGACAAGAUCCCGAGCGGAAAUGGGCACUCGCAUUGCCAGCUGAAGGAGGCAAUUGACUGAAUUCUACUGUAUCAGGCGAUAGGUUAUUUAAAAACACUGGCAGUGUUGAUUUCUGCACAAGUGAACGCGAUGUUUUUCUGCGUGGCUUUUUGAAAGCAUCUUUCUCCUCUCCAUCUCCCACUCUUCACCUUCUCCAUUAGUGUGUAUACCAGGCUGAGCUUGCUAUGGAUUCGAUUUCUCAGUUGAGGGGGCUGUGUUGUUGCUGGCAGAGCUAGCUUUCUUGCCUAUUGCUAUUUGUCUGUGAGAGCAGUGGUUGUUGUAUCGCCACCUUGAACUGCUCUGGUGCCUGUAAAGAACAGCCUCUCACAGGGACGUGAGGUCGGGGGUUGCAGGGAUUACCCUGUGUUGCUGAAAAUUGUUUCGCAGGUUACAAACUCUUCCCUAUCAUGAAAGAAAAUUAUUUGAAUGAAGCACUUGCUGCCUCCUUGCCCAGAGGAGCCCUAACUGAAUGCAGGGAUAGAAAGAACUGCAUUUAGAAAAACCUUUUUAUGAUUUUUGGGUUGUUCAAAAGCACUUUCACCAAUUAACUAUCAACCCCUCUCCCCUGACCCUCAGUCUGAAGAAGGGUCUCGACCCGAAACGUCACAUAUUCCUUCUCUCCAGAGAUGCUGCCUGUCCCACUGAGUUACUCCAGCAUUUUGGAUCUAUCUUCAGUGUAAACUAACAUCUACAGUUCUUUCCUACACAACUAUCUUUGGAGCGCGGCCACUGUUGUAACGGAAAUGCCGCAUUAGCAUUGCCUCCGUGUGGUCUCGCAGGCAGCACUGAAGUGAUAACAGAUAAAUAAAUAAUAUGCCUUUUUUAUGAUCAGCUGGAAAGCAAGUACUAGCCAUAACCUCAGGGAUGAGUGCUGUUGGAUCUUUACCACCACCUGUGGGGAGAUUCAGUUUGAACUUUUCAUGUACAGAAGGCUGGAGUUGUUUAACUUUGGAACUUGGUUGUCUAAUAACAAUUCAAUUAAGAAAGUUGAACGCCUCUUUUGCCAUGUUGGUGUUAAGAACUGCCGAUGCUUCACUCAGGUGCCAUCCUCGUUCCACUCUUAUCUCUGCCACUUGUUCCUUCACAAGUUCACAAGUGAUAGGAGUAGAAUUAGGCCAUUUGGCCCAUCUAGUCUACUCCACCAUUCAAUCAUGGCUGAUCUCUGCCUCCUAAUCCCAUUUUCCUGCCUUCUGCCCAUAACCUUUGACACCCGUUUUAAUCAAGAAUUUGUCUAUCUCUGCAUUAAAAAUAACCACUGACUUGGCCUCCACAGCCCUCUCUGGCAAUGAGUUCCACUCAUUAACCACCCUCUGACUAAAGAAGUUCCUCCUCACCUCCAUUCUAAAAGAGCUCCCUUUAAUUCUGAGGCUAUGACCUCUGGUCCCAGACUCUCCCACCAGUGAGUCUGAUCUCCCCAUCCACUCCAUGCCUUUCAUUAUUCUGUAAGUUUCCAUGAGGUUCCCCCUCAACCUCCUAAACUCCAGCGAGUACAGGCCCAGUGCUGUCAAACGCUCAUCAUAUGCUAACCCACACAUUCCUGGAAUAAUUCUUGUAAAUCUCUUCUGGACCCUCUCCAGAACCAACACAUCCUUCCUCAGAUAUGGGGCCCACAUUUGCUCACAGUAGUCCAAAUGCUGCCUGACCAGCACCAUGUGUCUGGACUUUGAGUAGCAGCAUGUUAUUUGAUCACAGUGAGCAUCGUGGCAAAAACUGCACUUUCCGCAUUGCCCCAGGACCAAAGACUUUCUCUUUCCCAGUAACGUUGCUGGAUAUUACGGUUAUCUUUACCAUCUUCCCUCAUAAUGUAAUAAACCAAACUAAAAAACGACUGCAGUUCUAUGGUAAUCCCACCUAAAAUGGCAGCUGGUAAUGGACAAAUAAUGAAAUAAAAAAGCAAAGUUUAGUUUGGUUUCAAUAUAACAUGGAAACAGGCCCAUCUACCACUAUGUUAUCCCAGUUUAGCAUCCUGCACCCUAGGAGCAAUUUACAGAAGCCUAUUAACCUAAAAACCUGCACGUCUUUGAAGUGUGGGAGGAAACCGGAGCUCCCGGAGAAAACCCACGCAGGUCACAGGUUGGACGGACAAACCCAGUGACAGUGUGCGCUCCUGGAGCCAUUUAAUCCAGUUCAGUCAAAUCUACACCAACAAUGCAUUCAACAUGGGGCUCAGUCAUCGUGACUUCAGGGAGAUAAUUUAUCCUUUGUGUCAGCGAGUAGGAAUUUUUAUUUUUUUCAUCUUGACAAGUUAAACUGUGAAUCUUUGUCAGAAUUUUCUUUUGUCGUGGGAUUUACUUUUAUAAUGAUUCACUUGGAGUGAAAAUCAAUCGUGUUCUAUUUCCACUGACGCUCCUUAUUUAUGUUGUGUUAAUAUUCAGACCAUUGUUGGAAUCCACAUACAAUACAACUGCCAACAAGUUUGAGGAACAGCAUUGGGAAUGUAUAUGCAGACAAAGGAAAGGGAAAUCCGGAAAUAUUCUUAUCAGGAAUGUGGAUGGGGAAACUUGUUGGUACAAACUGUUUAAACUUGACUUUGGUGGCCCAGGACAAGCUUGGAUUGGUACGUUUCCGGUCUCCUUUUCUCUUCCUGGCUGUGUUUGUUUUGGUCACUUCAAGCCUGGUCUCCGAGUGGAACUAUCAGUGAUUGAAAAUUGAGUGGAAUUAGUUUGCUGAGAGAGUGUGAUAGGCAGAGAGAGUGGCCAUUUUACUCCGUGUACGAUCUGCGCUCAACUUGACCUGUGUGUCUGGUAUGAACAGUUUAGUUUAGAGAUACAGCAUGGUAAUAGUUCCUUCGGCCCACCAACCAACGAUACCCAUACACUAGCACCAUCCUAGACAAGUGGGGACAAUUUACAAUUUUACUGAAGCCAAUUAACCUGCAAGCAAGACACACAAAGAAAACCCACGCGGUCACAGGGAGAAUGUACAAACUCCGUACAGACGGCACCCGUGGUCAGGAUCAAACCCGGGUCUCUGGCACUGUAAGGCAGCAACUCUGCCCUGCGAAUACUAAAAGUUCAGAAAUGUUGACAGUAGUAAUUAUGCACAGACAUUUUUCAUAAAACAC